UCAAGAAACCCAUUUCCAGAACCCUACAAAUUGAAUCAUAGUUUGACCCUGAUAGCAUAUUAACAAACCAAAUUUCAAAGUUUCGAUAUUAUAUAUUGAAGGAAAAUCAAUCAAUUUAAUGAAAUGGCUUUGACGAAUUUCAUACUGACGGUGGCCGGAGUGGGUGCAGUUGUUCUUCUAUUGAGGAGCGAUGUGAAACAUUCCGCGGCCAUUUUCCGCCGUAACGUCCGCCAAAUUCGUAAUUGGCUUGAAGAAGAAUCUGCUACUGCCGCUAAGGAAGUGGAGAAGACAAAACCAAAGGAGAUACCUGGAAAGGAUUCUCCCAAGGAGGACAAGCACUAGAUUUAAUCUGGUUUGUUGAAGAGUUUUUGCGGUUUUUAUUUGUUCAUGUGAUGUAUAAUUCUUGAUUAUUAUCGUUUUAGUUUUAGUGCGAAAGAAUGUCACUUUACUUCUGGCACCCUUUCCGACUUUCUUGUGUAAUAUGUUAUAGAAAGGCACAAGAGCUUGGCUUGGUUAGUUUCUAAUUUCCUUACAUAUAGGAAAUGUUCAUGUUGGCAUAUAAAAUAUACAACCAGCCCAGUAGCUGUUUCAAUU